AGGCGGUAACUGCGCUCUGUGCACGACAACCAUUGAAGAUGGCGACCGGAGUCCUUCAGAGAGUGAGCGGUGGCCUGGGUCGGGCUAAAAGCAGGGCCCAGUCGGCCGGACAGCUCGUCGUGUGGAGCAGGGGAUUUACCACAUCAAUCAGCAGAAACGGAAAGGACAGCUGGUUUAAGUCUCUGUUUGUGAGGAAAGUUGAUCCCAGGAAAGAUGCACACGCCAACCUACUGACCAAAAAUGAGGAAAGUAAUCUGUACAAAAUUCAGUUCCAUAAUGUCAAGCCAGAGUGCCUGGAUGCAUACAACAAGCUCUGUGAGGAUGUUUUGCCCUCCAUCCAUGCUGAUAAGUACUACCCCUGUGAGCUGGUGGGCACCUGGAAUACCUGGUAUGGAGAACAAGACCAGGCUGUUCAUCUGUGGCGUUACAGAGGUGGAUACCCGGCUCUGACUGAGGUGAUGAACAAGCUCAAGCAGAACAAGGAGUUCACAGCUUACAGGGAGGAGCGCGGUAAGAUGCUGAUGUCCCGCAGAAACCAGCUUUUGCUGGAGUUCAGCUUCUGGAACGAGCCUGUUCCCCGAGAGGGCCCCAACAUCUACGAGCUCAGGUCCUACCAGCUCAGGCCAGGAACCAUGAUUGAGUGGGGUAAUUACUGGGCCAGAGCCAUUGGAUAUCGCCAGCACAACAGCGAAGCUGUGGGAGGGUUUUUCUCACAGAUCGGCAACCUCUAUAUGGUUCAUCACCUCUGGGCUUACAAAGACCUCCAGUCCAGAGAAGACACGAGGAAUGGCGCCUGGCAGCAGGAGGGCUGGGACGAGGUGGUGUAUUACACAGUUCCUCUCAUUCAACAUAUGGAUUCCAGGAUCAUGAUCCCGACAAAGGCUUCCCCUCUACAGUGAAAUGAGAGCUGAGCUGGAAGCUGAAAUCAAGUGGCACCCUUUUUUGAAUGUUACAUCCAUCCAGAGCAUCAGUAUCAUUGUUUCAACCUCCCGUCAGUGCUGCCAAACAACAUCCCUCCUCUUUUUUUUUUUUUUUUUUUUUGUCCUUGGUUUAUUACUUCAAGAUGUCAACAGGACGGAGGAGGCAACAAUGUCUACCAUGUAUCAGCAAUUAAAAUAGUCAAAAACAGUUUGGGCCAUGGCAAUGCACAUCAUCUUUAUAAUUUUUUGAGUUAUGGAGUAGGGUGAGUAAAUUGGGCCAAUUAAAACGUCCUGAUGGUUGUUACGUCAAAUGUCUGGUGCCACAUCUAAAACUGGUCCAUGAAGAGAGCUCGAUCUCUAAGUUUAGAACCAACCAAAGUUACUUGAAAAGAUGAGCAGCUGUGUGAGGACAGAUAGGAAUAAUAGUGCUGCGCAAGCUCACUGCACAAUGCAGUAGCUAUUUAUUUAUUAAGUGUUCUGAGGAGUGGCACUUUGAUGCAAGCUAUGGCUUUGCGGAGUGAAGUGAGCGGAUGCCUCUGUAUAUUCGGAUUUCUGUUGCUAAUCAUGAUGUAAUUACAACAUUAUGUAAAAUGUAAACCUCAUGAUUUUGUAUCUGAUUGAGGUCUAUUAUAAAAAUCACACAUUUUUUGGCAAACUACUCCUUUCAAUUGCUUUUUCUGGAUGUUCCUGGGUUCCCUGUCAUGAUGUUGCAGUUUCAUGGUGUUGUGUUUGUUACUAAGGCUACCUUUUUACUUGUGGAGACAGCAUGCCUAGUUUUAAAAACGGUUUCAAUCCAACCUGUUUAAAUAGGGCAUAUCAUGCUGCUGCACAUUGUUAUAUCAAGAGUUUUAUGUAAAAGGAAGCAUGUUUAUCUUGUCUGUUUGUUCAUCGGGUUAUAGGGAACAGUGUGGAGGGAAGGACAACAACACAGAUUAAAGGAGUUC